UGUUGCCAUGGCGGCAUUUUCGUAAUAUUUCUUUCGAUUUUAUAAAUUGAAAUCAAGUCAUGGGUUCUACAUUAUAUGUUUGUGAAGAUCCGUACAAAUUAUGAGUCGUGUAAUAAAAAAACGGUGACGCAACAGUACUAAGAUUAAGUUAAAACAUAUUUAUGAUAGUUGCAAAAAAUUUCUUUUCAUACAUACAAUGUAAUUUUAAUGAAUGUUAUAAUUCGAAUAUAAAAUUAAUAAUGAAUGAAGACCAUAAACAAAUUAUACGUGAAACUUGUAAAUCCCACUCCACAAAGGUUUCUGACCGCGAAUUCACUCGAGCCCACCCAACAAAGCUCACUAAGCAAGAAUUAGAAGAUCUUUACUAUGCUAUACUGGAUAAUAAUUUAGAGCUUAAACAAACAAUCAAUACUCAAAAUGAGAAGGUCAAACAGCUGUCUACAAAGGUGCAAAGAUUGGCGGCACUGCAGAAGUCAGGGCUUGGGAAAAAUGAAAAGGAUUGCUGCAUAAAUGCCAAAGCAUUAAUAAGGGAACAGAAAGACAUCAUAGCGGAGCAGAAAAGGGCAAAUGACAGGCUAUCGGAGAAGAAUCGCAUUUUAAACAUGAGACUGUGCUCUGCCAAACAGUUUUUGGGCAAGAAUUCUGCAAGAUGUAACAAAUGUUGUCUUGCAGCGGCUAUCUCAUUAAAAAAUUCAUCAACAAGUGCUCUAAAUGUAAGCACUAAAAGAAGUGCUACAAAUAUACAAACACUGGUUUCCUCUACUGACUUGAUUCACAAAGAGCCAGUAUCUACAAAGGCUAUAGAGGUGCAGACUGAUUGUGAGAAGACGAAUGGCGAACUAUGCAAUGAAAAUAAAUGUAAAACUCUUAUGGAAGAGUUGAAACAGAAGAUUGCUUCAUUGGAAGAGGAGUUAAGUAAGAUUCACUCGGAGUACCUGUCACGUGUGAGCCGGCUGGAGCAGGAGGUGGUGGUGCUGCGAGAGGAGGUGGCCGGCAAGACGCUGGUGCUGCAGCACGCUGAAGCGCAGAGCGGACAGCUGCUGCAGCGUCUCAGGGCCGCUGAGACACAAUGCGAGGAGAUAGCGGUGCAGCUGAGUGCGGAGCAGCGCAAGGUGUGCGAGCUGGAGACGCGGCUGCGCGCUGCUGAGCUGACGGCGCAGGUCGCGCGCACCGUGCACCACUACCACCAGACUGACAAGUUGCCAGAGUUACACGCGGUGUGCGAAUCUACUUCGUUGGAUUGUAAAAUGCAAGAAAUGCCUGCAACGAGAUUGUCCAAUGUGGAGGACGUAAAAUGUCCUAAUACUCCGAAAAAUUCUGACGACUCUGGUUAUAUGGAGGCUAUAUUAUUAGAAGAACAAAAGAGUCCCCGAAAGGAAGUGAGUUGUGAUUUAAGAGAGAAAAUAUCAGAAUUGCAAACGCAAUUAAACUCAUUGAAACGACUUGCUGCAGUUGAAAUAGACUCAGAAAAGAAGUUGCCUAAUUUUGAGUCUUACGACCUCGCUAUUGAAGAGGACCAAGUAUCAAUGUUAAAGAAUAUUAACGAUUAUAAUAACCUUAUCAAGGAUCCGCUACUUAAUUUAGAGCCCCUAAAGACAGGAGAGAUGUUUGAAAUAAAGAAAUCAGAAUCUCACGUGAUGCAAGCUAAGGCUGAAGAAACUUUGUAUGAGAACGCGACGGAACCCGCGACCAGUGUGCAAAUGUCUAGCUUCCAAAAAUCUAGCUUUAAUCUACCUUCACCCACUAAAGGUAUAUUGGAGAAAUCAGACGAUAUUUCUAAAGGAUACAGGAAAGAGGAAAAAGUGGUCAAGAAUGUAUCUUAUGAUGACGUCAUGAGUGAUACAGAUAACAUGCAAAAAGAUAUGAAAAGUCCAGAUAAAACAAGAGAACAACCCGAAUCUUGUUCUAUUGUAGGUUAUUCACCAUCAGAUGACAAACAUUUUGUUGUCACACACACAAUAGAUGAUCAAUUAAAAGAUAAAAAGAACAAAACAGAAAGACGUAGAAGUAAAGACGAAAAUUCUCCAACAAACAGAAGUCUUGAAAUUAAAGAAGGAUCUAAUGGUUAUCAUAAAGUUUGUCGAAAGAAUAAAGCUUAUAAAGAAAAUGUAUUCAAUAAAGAGAAAGAUAUAAAAGUCAAAGAACAAAUUAAAGGAAAGAAAAAGAUUAGUAUUGAUGUACCCGAUUCAGACGUUCAUCUUUGUAGCAAAGAAACUAAUAUGAAUAUAAAUACCUGUAAUAGUAAUCCAAGUACUGAAUCCAGUAAGGAAAUAGUACCAAGUGGUCGGACCUCACCGAAGUGUCAAUAUUUGUCACAACCAACAGACAAGGAUGGCAUCAAAGUUAUUAAAGAUGUCAAAAGUACCUCUGAUAUGAACGUACCGAAUCCCGACAACACUAAAUAUCCUAACGAAGAAGCUACGGCUAAUGAGAAAAUUAAAAAGAGCAAAACCAAAAGGAAUAGGAAUUCGAUUGAACAUCAAAUUGAAAAGUUUCGAAAAAACGAUAAUAAACAAUUAGAGAUGUGCGAGCAGCACGCAGUGAUCUGCACGUGCCCGCGCGCUGCACGCCGCGAGGUCCGCGUGUUCCGCACUUGCAGCGGCACCGGCAGGUUCGCCACUGUCGCGCACUCACCACACGACACCGGCAUGCGACACUGCGCCUGCGCCUGCGCCACUUUCGGUACACAAACGCAGAAGUACCGCGACUCUGGCGACGGCGAGACGUAUAUAGUGCGCGCGGAGGCGGCCGUGCGGAUGUGUGCCGCACCAGCACCGCACGCGCCGCACGCACCGCACGCACCGCACGCACUGCCAGCCGGGUCCGCGGACACUGACGGCGAGAUCUCCGGCCUCACGGACCUACCUGACGAAAUAAGUGGACGGAGCAAUGUGUCAGCGGGCGAGGCGCGUGUGUACACCACGUGCACCGACACCGCCACCGCCACCACCACCACCACCGACUGCCUCACACUCAGCGAGGGCGAGCUGCCGCACCACGUACACACCAUAGGAAGAAAACUUUUAUCACCGGGCGAGAGGAGACGGAAAACUAGUAGCGGGGAAAUAUCGCCUCCAUUUUCAACAUCGCAGCGUGUGGAGGACGCCCUGCAAGCCAUCGGGGAGGAGCUGGCGCGCUGCCGAGCGCUGCUGCAGCGACAGCGCCCCCAGGGCAAAAGUUCAAAAGACAUAUCGUGCAAUACGGAGGGCGCGUCUGAUGCGCUGGCGCUGCGGCGGGCGGAGGGUCAGGCGCGUAUUGUGGCCGCGCAUUCACACAUCUGUCACUUCACGCUGCACAUCGGUACCCUAGUACUAUCUGACCAAGCUGUGCUGCACUCUCGCGGCAAAUCGUUACUGUUGACGUGGCGGUUCUACGAGCAGAGUGCUGGACUGGCGCGCGUGCCGCCCGGUCGCGUCGCUCACUUCGACCUCACCACCGAGUACCAGCUCCCUUUCACUGAAAACUUUCUAGAGUAUAUGAGAAAUGAGGACAUGUACCUGAAGAUCUGUGAGGCCAACAAGAUGGAAGAGGUGUUCGCGAGCUGCGCGCUGCCGUUGCACGAUUCCCUGCUGCACGCCAACCGCCGCGCUGAUAUGUCACUGCCCCUGGUGGCUGGUGAGGAGAUCCUGAGCAGCCGCGUGGUGACGGACGCGCUGGACUCCGGCGAGGAGGCGGGCGUGCUGGAUGUGUGGUGCCAGCUGCGCCUCGACCCCGCCCUGCUCGCCGCGCUGCGCAAGGGCUCCAGUAAGGCAGCGACCAUGUCUGUGCCGGCGAGCGAGGACCAGAGCAGCGUGUAUCACCUCACACGUGAGCUGGAGGCCAAAAUGCAGCGCAAUAGCAAAAAUAAUAAAGAUAUUUCCUUUCAGCCAUUGCCCGGAUUGUUAUCAAAUAAUACGCAACUAACAGUAAGAUCAUCGCAGGAGGUGCGGCAAGCGGUCGCUAAUGAAAUCCGACCGCCAAGCAAAUUGCGGGUUCUAGUUGGUUCUGAUUCAAAUACGAUCUAUAGUCUACUAAAAAAUAAACACUGGAGAGCAGGCUCCCCAAAGUCAUCAGACGGACAUGCACAGAAGAAAUCAGUAACUAUCGGAGUGGAGCGUGAUGAGGUGGAGGUGGUUGAAGUGCCCGUCAGAGAGCGUAGUUCAGUAGAGACGAACUUGGGGCCGGAGGAGCAGAUGCGUGAUCAGACGUUGGAAAUUAGCGUGGUAUGGCUGGCGCUCAGCGAGGAGUCCGAGGCAAUGACCAACCCCGACGUGCAGCGGCUCUUCGUCGCCUAUAGCUUCCUGGGCAGGGAAGGCGCCGAGCUGGAGACGCCGGUCAGCCUGCCCAAGCCGAAGAGUUGCAAUGACAAGUGCUAUUUCAACUUUAAUAAACAGUUCGUGCUGACUGACAGCGAGCUGCCGCUGCUGGGACACAUGGCGCGGUGCCGGCGACGCGACUCCGCGCCCCCCGCCCACACCGACUGCCUCACCUUCGCCAUCGUCUCCGAGCCCCCCGAGGACCCGCUCGGUCUCGACACAUGCGAAGAUAUCGGGUACGCGCACCUGUACCUGGGCGACGUGCUGGCGCGCUGUGCUGGCUCGGACAGCUACACUGAGGUGCUGUCUGUGCGCGCGCGCUCCGGCGCAGUGUGCGGCGUGCUGGCCGUGCGCCUCGCCGGACUGCACGUGCUGCGCACUCUCUGAGUUCGGCGAGUGGGUGAGCCGGGUGGCGGUGCCGGCGCUGCUGGCGGGCCGGCUGAGUGACGCCCGGGCCGGCGAGGCCGC